GGGGAAAUCUGGCCCAAUCUGGCAACACUGGUCAGCACCAGUUGGGGGAAACAUGUCGUCGGCAUCUGAAACAGCGACAAAGUGCCAUGGUUGAAGAAAAGACCACCACACGUACUGCAGGGCUGGAUCCGACCACAUCCUCCAGCUGUGCCCGGUGUAUUGGCGCGCAAUAAGCCCCCCAUUCAUCAUUCAUUAAGCCAGGCACUGCCGGAGCCCCUUGGGGACAAUGCGCUAGAAAAUAAAGCAGAGUUGACCUCAGCACCAAGUCAAGUACAAACAGGUAACGCUGCCCCCUCCACAGCUCUGGUCGUCAAGGAGAUGGAGCCUUCGCCUGUGGGCGGGACCUCCUCAGCAUCCCUGUUUCAGCUGCCAAUUAAAGAGCGCGCCUCCAAACCUGCGGAAGAUGGCGACGCCCCACCCUCCUCCUCUCCACCAAUGAGGGCUCUGACAGGACACGCAUCCAAGACCUUCCUCUCAACCACAUCCUCCACCUCCUCCUCCUUCCCAUCCACCUCCUUCGCCUCCUCCUUCUCCUCCUCCUUCCCCACCACCUCCUCCUCGUCUCCCUCCACCUCCUUCUCCUCCUCCUUCCCCACCACCUCCUCCUCGUCUCCCUCCGCCUCCUUCUCCUCCUCCUUCCCCACCACCUCCUCCUCGUCUCCCUCCGCCUCCUUCUCCUCCUCGCCCGGGAGAGCCAAGAUGAGCGUGUCAGGGCCAGGCACCAGCAAGUCCACGCUGCCCCCCGCUCCUCCCUCCUCCUCCUCGAGCCUUGCUGUCUCCGGCCCCCCGCCGAAGGUCCACCGAGCGAGGAAGACCAUGAACAGACCCCCCCCUGCGCAGCUGAGUCGCGUGGAGGCGCCCAUCUUCCUGGUGAUGCCGUCGGGCCCCUCAGCCUGCCUCCUGUCGCAGAGUGAAACCGCUGCCAAAAGAAGACGGUUGGGUCUGAUGUUCGAAGGCACAAGCGAGAUGGACAUCAGUGCUUCGGAGAAAGGUCAAAGGGGGGGGGAGCCUGUUGCCAAGGCGGGACCAGCCGAGAGCAGUGAUUGGCUGAAGGAGCCGAAGGAUGAAGAGGAUCCAAUUCAAAUCUCUGAAAAGUCCUCAGGUACGUGGUCAGCGGGGGCGGAGCCAGAGACCGCCAUGAACAUGUCCACCCAUGGCGUCGGAGAGGCCGAGGCCCAGAGGGAGAGCCACGGUAAGAACGGCCCGGGCACGUUUCCAUGGCUACAGCCUGGGCGGAGCCAGCAGAGGGAGGGGGCUCAGGGCUCGGAGAUGCAUGAAGGCUCCAGGGGGCCUGGGGUCAGUGCUGUGGGGGGGCCCCCAGACUACUCGGAGGUUCCUCUGGACGUCUCUGCUGCUGACAGCCUCACUCUCUCGCCCCACCACGAGGGAAGUGAUGCGGGGGACCGUCUGGAGGAGCUGCCCCUGUGCAGCUGUAGGAUGGAGGCCCCCCGGGUCGACUCCCCCGGGCCGGGGGUCAACCGCCGCUGCAUGGCCACGGAGAGCGCGGACGGAGAGCUGCGUGCGUGCCUCAGCGUGACGGUGAAGGCGGAGACGAUGCGUCCGUCGAGCCGCGUGGCUCUCCAGGUGCUCUGUGACCUCCACCGCGCCCACAUGGUCAAACACCACUGCUGCCCCGGCUGCGGCUUCUUCUGCCUCGCGGGCACCUUCCUGGAGUGCUGUCCCGACCAGCGCAUCGCCCACCGCUUCCACCGCGGCUGCGUCACCGUGCUGGGCGGCGCCCGCGGCCGCGGCAACAACAACAACAGCAACAGCCAUCACCAUGGCAACCACCACAGCAGCAGCAGCAACAACAACAACAGCAGCAGCAGCAGCCACGGGGGCGGGGGGAUGCUGUUCUGCCCCCACUGCGGCGAGGACGCCUCGGAGGCCCAGGAGGUCACCAUCCUCUCGCCCGUCUCCGCGGCGACCGGCGUGGUCACCAUGACGGCGUCCUCCACCACCGCGCCCUCGCUGGCCACGCCCGCCGGGGGGGCGGGAGGGGGAGGGGGGAAGCCCGACCGACCCGUGGGUGCUCGUAUGCGUGGCCACGGCGUUCCCCCGCGGGACCCCGACCACCGCGCCCAGCCCCCCCCCCCGGCCCCCCUGCCCCCCCCGCGCCCCGCCUCCGACCCUCUGGCCUCGGCCUCGUCCUCGUCGGUCGCCACGGAGACCCGGCCCCCGGCGUCGGAGGGGGGCGAGGGGGGGGGGGUGGACAGCGCGGGGCCCUCGCUCUGCCUGCCCAACGGGGGGCUGGUGUGUCCCAGCGCGCUGCCCCCGGGGCCCAGCAGGGCGGCGCUGCAGAAGGCCAUCCUCGCGCACGACACCGAGAGCCGUCCUUCCCUCCUGGACGGCGCCUCUUCCUCCAGCGGCCUGAAGGAGGCCGAGGGCAACGGGCUGAAGACCCACGUGCCGAUGGAGAGGAGGAAGAAGCUCCGGUACCACCCCCGCCAGCUCUUCCCGGCCACCAAGCAGGGGGAGGUGUUGAAGGUUCUGCUCAUGCUCAUGGAGGGGAUGGAUCCCACCAGCCAGCCUGACUCCCAGGGCAGGCGGUCAGCGCUGCACGCUGCUGCCCAGAGAGGAGCUCUGGAGCUCUGCUACAUGCUGGUCCAGGCGGGCGCCAACGUGGACGCCAAAGACAAGACCACGAGGACCCCUCUGCUGGAGGCCAUCACCAGCGACCACGUGGAGGUGGCCCGCUACCUGGUGCAGUGCGGGGCCUCCGUCUACCACGUGGAGGAGGACGGCUACACGGGGCUCCACCACGCCGCCAAGCAGGGGAACCUGCAGCUGGUCCACCUGCUGCUGGAGACGGGACAGGUGGACAUCAACGCCCAGGACAGCGGCGGCUGGACGCCCAUCAUCUGGGCGGCGGAGCACAAGCACAUGGACGUGAUCCGGGCGCUGCUCAGCCGCGGCGCCGACGUCACCAUCCAGGACAAGGAGAUGAACAUGUGCCUCCACUGGGCCUCGUUCGCGGGCAGCGUGGACAUCGCUGAGCUGGUGCUGAACGCCGGCUGCUCCCUGGCCUCCGUCAACAUGCACGGGGACGCGCCGCUGCACAUCGCCGCCCGCGAGGGCUUCAUGGAGUGUGUCACGCUGUUCCUGUCCCGGGGGGCCAACAUCGACACCACCAACCGGGAGGGGGACACCCCGCUGAGCCUGGCCAAGCCCGACACGCCCGUCUGGGUGGCGCUGCAGAUCAACAGGAAGCUGCGCCGGGGCGUGGCCAACCGGGCGCUGCGCACCGAGAGGAUCGUCAGCAGUGACGUCGCCCAGGGUUACGAGAACGUGCCCAUCCCCUGUGUGAACGCUGUGGACGAGGAAGGCUGCCCGUCGGACUACAAGUACAUCUCGGAGAACUGCGAGACGUCGGCCAUGAACAUCGACCGCAACAUUACCCACCUACAGCACUGUAGUUGCGUUGACGACUGCUCCUCCAGUAACUGCCUUUGUGGACAGCUCAGCAUCCGCUGCUGGUACGACAAGGUGAGCCCGCACGCACGCACACACACACACACACACGCCCACGCACGCACGCACGCACGCACGCACGCGCGCACACACACACACACACACACACACACACACACACACACACACACACACACACACACACACACACACACACACACACACACACACACACACACACACACACACAGUCCCCUGGAACUAGACACACAUAGACACACAUUUGUUAGAGUUUUGAAUACACUAUAGCCUGUUGAUAUUUUCACCUAUUGGUUUUCCAUAUCAGGGCGGGUCCCUGUACAACCCUACAACAACCACAGAGCUAGGGGUUAAGAUCUGCUAGGCAAAGGUAGCACCCCACUAAGCUAAUUACCUAGCCCUCGGAGCUAGCUAUC